ACCCAUCAGGUGGAAGCCAGGAGUCAGACUCGCGUCCCGCCGGGAGUCUACGUCCCCAAUGGGAGCCCGAAGACAGGGGGAUCUUCUCGCCUCAGACACCUAACGCGCCGCAGAGGGCACUGAGGUUCACACAGCAACGCAGCCUCACAUGGGAACAUCCCUUUCGCAGACCCCACCCCCACCCCCCGAGAAGAGGAGCCCUAGAGUGCUCACAUGGCGGCCUCUAGCGCAUGCGCUGGUCACCUUGUCCGCGCUCCACGAGAGGCGGCGCGCGCGCGGCCCGGGAAGGCGCCAGGCCCGCCGAGAAUCCCGGACUGCGCAUGUCCAGAGCACCUGGCUGUGGAGGAGGGGCUCGCGUUCGUUCUCCGCGCGGGUUCUGCGCGCUCCUGGUGGAGGGGCGGGGCCCGUCCAGUGCGCAGGCGCAGGCGCGCGGCCGAGGCGACGGUUGGGGAGGGUUCUUCCGGAAGGUUCGGGAGGCUUCUGGAAAAAGCGCCGCGCGCUGGGCGGGCCCGCCUCUAUAUAAGGCAGGCGCGGGGGGCGGCGCGCCAGUUGCUUCAGUGUCCCGGUGCGGUUAGUCACGUUUCGUGCGUGCUCAUUCUGCCAAGAUGCCUGAGGAAACCCAGACCCAAGACCAACCAAUGGAGGAAGAGGAGGUCGAAACCUUUGCCUUUCAGGCAGAAAUUGCCCAGUUAAUGUCCUUGAUCAUCAACACUUUCUACUCGAACAAAGAGAUCUUUCUGAGGGAGCUCAUUUCCAACUCCUCAGACGCUCUGGAUAAGAUCAGAUACGAGAGCUUGACCGACCCUAGUAAACUGGACUCGGGGAAGGAGCUGCACAUUAAUCUCAUUCCCAACAAGCAAGACCGAACCCUCACUAUUGUGGAUACUGGCAUUGGAAUGACCAAGGCUGACUUGAUCAAUAACCUUGGCACUAUUGCCAAGUCAGGCACCAAAGCCUUCAUGGAGGCUUUGCAGGCUGGUGCAGAUAUCUCUAUGAUUGGCCAGUUUGGUGUUGGUUUUUACUCUGCGUAUUUGGUUGCUGAGAAAGUGACUGUCAUCACCAAGCAUAAUGAUGACGAGCAGUACGCCUGGGAGUCCUCAGCUGGAGGAUCCUUCACUGUGAGGACAGACACAGGUGAACCAAUGGGUCGUGGAACAAAGGUUAUCUUGCAUCUAAAAGAAGACCAAACUGAGUAUUUGGAGGAAAGGAGAAUAAAAGAAAUUGUGAAGAAACAUUCUCAGUUUAUUGGCUACCCCAUUACUCUCUUUGUGGAGAAGGAACGUGACAAGGAAGUCAGUGAUGAUGAGGCUGAAGAAAAGGAAGAGAAAGAGGAAGAGAAAGAAAAAGAAGAAAAGGAGUCUGAUGACAAGCCUGAAAUAGAAGAUGUUGGUUCUGAUGAAGAAGAAGAAGAGAAGAAGGAUGGUGACAAGAAGAAAAAGAAGAAGAUAAAGGAAAAGUACAUUGAUCAAGAAGAACUCAACAAAACAAAGCCGAUCUGGACCAGAAAUCCUGAUGACAUUACGAAUGAAGAAUACGGAGAGUUCUACAAGAGCUUAACCAACGACUGGGAAGAACAUUUGGCAGUAAAGCAUUUUUCUGUUGAAGGACAAUUAGAAUUCCGGGCUCUUCUUUUUGUCCCAAGACGCGCUCCUUUUGAUCUAUUUGAAAACAGAAAGAAAAAGAACAACAUCAAGUUGUAUGUUCGCAGAGUUUUUAUCAUGGAUAACUGUGAGGAGUUAAUCCCCGAGUAUCUGAAUUUCAUCAGAGGGGUGGUGGAUUCUGAGGAUCUCCCUCUAAAUAUUUCCCGUGAAAUGCUGCAACAAAGCAAAAUUCUGAAAGUUAUCAGGAAGAAUUUGGUCAAGAAAUGCCUAGAACUAUUUACUGAACUGGCUGAAGAUAAAGAGAACUACAAAAAGUUUUAUGAGCAGUUCUCAAAAAAUAUAAAGCUUGGAAUUCAUGAAGACUCUCAAAAUCGGAAGAAGCUUUCAGAGCUGUUGAGAUACUACACAUCUGCUUCUGGGGAUGAGAUGGUUUCUCUGAAGGACUACUGCACCAGAAUGAAGGAAAACCAGAAGCACAUCUAUUUUAUCACAGGUGAGACCAAGGACCAGGUUGCUAACUCAGCCUUUGUGGAACGUCUCCGAAAGCAUGGCUUAGAAGUAAUCUAUAUGAUUGAGCCCAUUGAUGAGUAUUGUGUGCAACAGCUGAAGGAAUUUGAGGGCAAGACCUUGGUGUCAGUUACCAAAGAAGGACUGGAACUUCCAGAAGAUGAAGAGGAAAAGAAGAAACAGGAAGAGAAAAAGACAAAAUUUGAGAACCUCUGCAAAAUUAUGAAGGAUAUUUUAGAGAAAAAGGUUGAAAAGGUGGUUGUGUCAAACCGAUUGGUGACAUCCCCAUGCUGUAUUGUCACAAGCACAUAUGGCUGGACAGCAAACAUGGAGAGAAUCAUGAAAGCUCAAGCCCUCAGAGACAACUCAACAAUGGGUUACAUGGCAGCAAAGAAACACCUGGAGAUAAACCCUGAUCACUCCAUUAUUGAAACCUUAAGGCAAAAGGCAGAGGCUGACAAGAAUGACAAGUCUGUGAAAGAUCUGGUCAUCUUGCUGUACGAAACAGCACUCCUGUCUUCCGGCUUCAGUCUGGAAGAUCCCCAGACCCAUGCUAACAGGAUCUACAGGAUGAUCAAGCUUGGUCUAGGUAAAUUGCAGGCUACGUGUUCAUUUAAGAGAACACCUUUAAUUCCCAGUGCUGGGUUCAGGGUGUUAGGGGGACAGAGACGGAUGGGCCAAUCUCAUGAGUUUGAGACCAGCCUGGUCGACAGAAUGAGUUUCAGGAACACCUAAGGCUAUACAAACCCUCCCUGGCUUUAAAAAUGUUGAAUGGAAUGUUAACUUUUUUAGCUAUUGAGACAAUUGGAUUAUUGCUGUGGUGGGGACCGCUCAAUUAGGGUAUGGGGGGAUAAAUGCAGUGUCCUUUGUGUUUGAGAUUUAACUUGGACUAUCCUCAAAUUUAGCUGUAUAGCUGAGGGUGGCCUUGGGCCUCUACUUCCCAAUGCUGGGAUUUUUAGGUAUGCACUUUCCUUGCCCCAUAUGAAUCGUUUCCUUUUGAGGGAUAGAUGGGUGUGUGGGAUGUUAAUACCUAAGUCUCAGCCUCCCUUAGCUGGCAUUAACUGUAACACUUAUUUCCAAAACAAGGUAUUGAUGAGGAUGAUCCUACUGUGGAUGAUACCAGUGCUGCUGUAACUGAAGAAAUGCCACCCCUGGAAGGAGAUGAUGACACAUCACGCAUGGAAGAAGUAGACUAGGCUUCACCAGAACUAUGUGUUUGAUGCUUACCUUCAUUCCUUCUGAUAAUAUAUUUUCCAUGAUUUUUGUUUAUUUUUGUUAACAUUUAAAACAUCUGUGUGGCAUGAAAACUAGGGGAAGGUAAAAAUUUCUACAUGUGAUACUGUGAUACUAUAGGUUUGACUCAAGAGGUUGAUAGAACGUUUGUUGUAAGACGUAAUGUAACCUACUGUUACUGUUAACUAUGUGGUCUGAAGUGUUUAGCUGUUGAGCUGGAUUCCUUUAGUAGACCAAAUUAAGAUGACUUAAGUUUCAUCUUAAAUUUUUUUCAUUCCCUGUAGUUAAUUCUGCAUGUACUAGUCUUAGAAGUAAACACAAGCUAAAACAACUUGACAGGAAUUCCCCAAGUGGCUUGUUUUCCAAAGUACUGAGAACAAAACCCUAAGUUCCCCUAGGUCUUGUAACUCAGCAAGGCUUGUGAAUGUGAAAAUAACAGUGCCCAAUCACAUUCUGCUUUAAAAAGGUAAAUACAGAUGAGAUAAAAAGAAAA